AUGUCUCUGCGUCCGUCCACUGCUCCUCUGCGUGCCCCUUUGCCUUCUCCUCUGAGUCCCUCUCUUCCUGCUCUUGCCGACCCGGAGUCGGACUCUCUUCGUGCUGCCAGUCCUACUGUCACGCGUCUCCUUGCUACUGUUGUCACUGACCCUUCUUUCGAGUCUACUGCUGCGUUCUGCUCUCCUAUGGAUGCAGAGAUGGCUUCCUGGAAGUCCACAGGCACCUACGUUGACGCUGUCCCCCCUCCUGGGGCGAACAUCGUCAGUGGCAUGUGGAUCUUCAGGGUGAAGCGGCCGUCGGGUUCUCCGCCUGUCUUCAAGGCGCGUUACGUGGCUCGUGGCUUCAGUCAGCGGCAGGGAGUUGACUACUUUCAGGACCUUCUCCCCCACCCCGAAGAUGACCACUCUUCGGUCUACGGUCUCCGCCAGGCGCCACGUGAGUGGCACGACACACUGAGGACUACGCUUGCGGCUCUUGGGUUUGCUCCUUCUACUGCCGACCCGUCGCUGUUUCUACGCACCGACACCUCUCUGCCGCCGUUCUACAUCCUCGUGUACGUCGACGACUUGGUCUUUGCCACAGCUGACACUGCUGGACUCGCCUACGUGAAGUCCGAGCUGCAGAAGAGACACACGUGCACAGACCUGGGUGAACUGCGCAGCUACCUUGGCUUGCAGAUCACCCGGGACAGAGCACGCCGCACCAUUACAGACUCAGUCACACAUGGUGCAGCAGGUCCUUCAGCGCUUCGGCUUCACGUACUCCUCGCCUCAGGCCACUCCUCUGUCUACUCGCCACUCGCUCUCAGCUCUGCCUUCGGAUGA